AGAACCCUUUAUUAAACUAACUGACGCCGAUAUGAAGAUAUACGGUAAAGAUCCGCUUAAUGACCAACUUAUUACCGUCAAGUGCAACUUGUGCCAAACAGUUGUUAAAGAUUCGGCUUUUUUGGAGCACAUGGAAAUACUUCAUCCUUUUGAAUUAAACCGCUUUGAAAGGAGUAAUCAAAAUCAUAAUGAAAAAGAGGAAUCAGAGAAAAAUGUAACUAUGCGCGCAACUAAAAUAUUCAAUAAUUUAGGAGAGCAAUACGCAUUUUGCUCGCUGGGACAAAGCUGUAACCAUUCUAAUUCUGGUACUUAUGAAGGAACUCGAAAAAUAAUACUUAGUGAAGGAGUUAUCGAAGAGGUCAUAGAAGAUAGUGAGAAGCAGCUGGGCUGCCCGACAGCGUUUUCUAAGACGGGAAGCGCAAGGAGUGAUAAAGAGCUGGCAAGUAUUCCUCGGGAGAAAAAAGCGGGCAUCGAGAAAAAAAAUGGACAUUUUUCAGGAGAAAGUAAGAAUUCGGCCGGAAGCAUUGCUAAGAGAUCCAAUAAUAAUAAUUACUUCAGGCGCAGGAACCUAGACCUAAGCCUGGACGCUCGCUGCGGUGUAGAAGUUAUCCGUCCACUUCAGAGCCAUGAAGGCGACAGCGAGACGGCUGUUUUCACGUGUCGGAGAUCGCUUACCUGCAAGAUCCACUCCAUUACUGCUAAAAGAAGGGUCGUGGGUCGGAGUAAAAGUUUUGACGAGCUGUACGAGCACUACACGGGAAAACCGCUAAGGAGCCAAAAAAAGGGAUCACGGAAGCCGGAAAACGUCCACUUGACUAAUACAAAUAAGCCAAUGCCUUUAGCUGUCCAAAGAUUUCCCUUCCAGAAAGUGGGAAACGCUCUGACUUUCAAUGCUGACCAAGAGGCUACCAGGAACAUGUGUCUGUCCUAUGUACUUCACGAAAUCAUGAAGAACAUUUAAUGAGUUUCUAGGUCAUUGCUAAUCUAAUCAGACUAAGUAAAUUCGCGGAUUAAGCGGUUUAUUCACUGAUCCCUUUCUGGACCCUCAUUCAGCAGCAUCUGCGAAAAACUCGGUUUAUUGAGCCGUUGCAGGCUUCGUGCGGAAGCACACCUGCUGAAUAGAAGAAAUUCAUCACAGCCACCAGGAAUAAAAGCUACGUCGUUAACGAAAAGCCACACCACUUCUUUCAACUUUGAAGAAAUAAAUAUGUUAAGCAAGUAGCUUUACGACCUGCCGCUCCACUGAUCAAGUUGGGUCGUUCCAGUAAGAUCGGCAUAAAGACUCCUCUUGCUGUCCAUACUGGCGUAGUGCACUGCUUUUAAAUGUUCGUUUCUAUAUA